AUGUCGUCCCUGGAAGUUUCCUCUUCUCCAAAAAAAUGGAUGAGAAAUUGUAUUAUAGUUCUCAACUCAUUCAUAUGUUACGUUGUGUUCCUCUUCUUUGAUUUUCUAGAUGCUCUCUUAUGCGUUAUCUAUAGAUACCUCGAUGAGCGCAUUGAAGGGGUGGCAUCUCCUUGUUGUUGCUCUAAAUGGGAGAGACAGAACAAGAUUAUAAUGAAAGAUGAAGAUGAUGGUCUUUCAGAUAGUUUGUAUCAGAGGAAGAACGUGUUUAGAGAAAUGGGUUUGCUUCAAUUUGGGAGAAAAAAGGAAUAUUCUAAUGGAAAAUGCGGUGGAAUGAAAGUGAGUAGUUGGUCUGAUUGUGGGUGUGAGUCUUGUCUUUCAUGGAUGAAUGGUGAUGAUGAUGACUAUAAACUUCACUUUGUUGUUAAGGAACCCUUAAUAGCCACUGGUGAAAUUUGCAGGGGAGAGCCUUACGAGAAUGUGAUAUUCUUGCAUGGAUUUAUAAGUUCUUCCUCAUUUUGGACACAGACAGUGUUUCCAUGUUUCUCUGAAAAUGUAAAUCAUAACUACAGAUUGAUUGCCAUAGACCUGUUGGGGUUCGGAAAGAGUCCUAAGCCAAGAGAUUGUUUGUACACUUUGAAGGAUCAUGUGGAAAUGAUUGAGAAAUCUGUGGUUCAACCAUUGGAGUUAGGUAGUUUUCAUCUGGUUGCACAUUCUAUGGGGAGUGUAAUUGCAUUGGCUUUGGCUGCAAAGUACCCUAAUUCUGUAAAAUCAAUUACCCUUGUGGCACCUCCAUACUCUUCUUUUGACGAAAAUGAUGCUGGUUUAAAAGCACUUGAAAAGUUUGUUGGAAAGAAAUUGUGGCCAAUGUUGUCAGCAGGUUCUUCAUUCAUGUCAUGGUAUGAGCAUUUGAGUCGAACUGUUUGCCUUAUCUAUUGCAGAAAUCACAGGAUAUGGGAGAGGAUUCUAAAAUUUGUUACCCAAAAGAGGGAUCUAAGUUUUUUGAUCACAGACAUGACAAGACAUACUCAUCAAUCUGCUUGGAAUUCCAUGCAUAAUGUGAUAUGUGGAGGAACAAAAUUCAUGGGCAGUUACUUGAAAAUUUUAACAAAAAGUGGAGUUAGAAUAAAUGUUAUACAAGGUGAUAGAGAUCAAGUUGUCCCAAUGGAGUGCAUCAGUGAGUUAAAGUUGAAGGCUCCAAAUGUUGAAAUUAACAUAAUUCCGAAUGCUGAUCAUAGCUCUGUCCUAUUAGGCAGAGAGAAGAAAUUCGCACAAAGUUUGGAGCAUACGUGGACCUCUUCUUGUUGA